AACGGAAGUGUGUCAGCGCGCGCCUUUUAAUUUCAGAAGUGGUUCGCGCGCCGCUCAGUUAGCUUUGCGCGCGCGGCCGGCAAACAAUCGGAGAUCAAUCAGUUUCUCAGCAGAAGCUCAAUAAUCGCUAUCGGUUCCGUGAAGCAUGGCAACCCCUCCGAAGAGGCCGUGUUCCGGGCGCCGCAGCCCGCCGCUGGAAGGCAGCUUCUCCCGCCGCCUCAAGAAGAUCUCCAUCGAGGGAAACAUCGCUGCAGGAAAGUCGACUUUUGUUCGUCUCCUUGAAGCAGCGUCUGAUGACUGGGAGGUGAUUCCUGAACCAGUUGGUAAAUGGUGCAACGUCCAGAACGACAGCGACGACAUUUACCAGGAUCUGAGUUCCUCUCAGAAGAGUGGAGGAAACCUGCUGCAGAUGUUGUACGAUAAGCCCAGCCGCUGGUCCUACACCUUUCAGAGCUAUGCGUGUCUCAGCAGAGUCCGUUCUCAGCUUCAGUCUCCUUCAGUCAAACUCCAGCAGUCAGAAAAUCCUGUUCAGUUCUACGAACGCUCCGUCUACUCCGACAGGUAUGUGUUUGCCUCCAACCUGUUUGAAAGCGGGAACCUGACAGAAACAGAGUUUAGUGUGUAUCAGGACUGGCACUCCUGGUUACUGAACCAGUUUGAACUGGAAAUUGCUCUGGACGCCAUCAUCUACUUGAGAGCCCCACCACAGCGCUGUAUGCAGCGGUUGCUCCAUCGGGGUCGGGAGGAGGAGCAGGACAUUCCUCUGGAGUAUCUGGAGCAGCUUCACUUCAAGCACGAGUCCUGGUUGUUCCACCGGAACCUCAGGCUGGACUUUGAUUACCUCAACGAUCUUCCGGUUCUGGUUCUGGAUGUCGACGGAGACUUCAAGAACGACUGCAUCAAACAGGAAGCUGUCAUCGAUAAGGUCAGAGAGUUUCUCACCACGCUGUGAGCUCCAUCCACCAAUCAGAGCCAGCCCUGCCAGCAGCGGAGCAUCUGAUUGGACGACAGAGUUACUGUUUGUGGUUUUAGUUUUCUAGAUCACCUGAAGGUUUUAACGCAGAAGUCAACUAGAGCGCAUGUAUGUUUUAUUAGUGUGUGUGUGUGCAUGUGUGUGUGUGUACUGUAUUUAAUCAUAUUUUAAACCAUUUCAUCUUGGAUAUAGAAGUUCAUUUGUCCGGACAGUGAGUUGUUCCUGAACACAUCACGAUGCCUUCAGGCUCUCAGUGUUCUGUUUAAUGUGUGUUAAUAAAUGAAAUCAGGCUGAA